AUGGUGAUUUUCGAGCAAUGCUCGGAUUCAUUGCUCUACAUCUUCCGCUGGAACAAGGCGCACGGUCACAACACCGUCGCCAAGUACUGUCCUGAUGAGUUGGCGAAGCUCAUGGAGUACAAGAAGGUCUUUGCGGGCGAUGGAAUGCGCAAUCGACCGGAGCCUCCCGGUAUCUUCUCGGAUUUCUUUGCAGAUGCUGACAUUUUCAUCAAAGUGCGAGGGAGGUACGACUCUUCGGCCAACUUCUCCGCACAGAAAUAUCCGUGUCCGCUGUCCGAUGAGUCAUUUGGAUUCGAGGGGGGUGAAUGUUGUGGCCUGCCUCUGGGCGGACUGGAUGCAAAGCUGUUGAUGCCAACUAGGUGGUGCUUCUGGGCAUCGGAUGGUCGACAGAUUACCUGUCCUGGACCUGAUGAAGAUGGCGAGAAGAAGAGCCCCACAAACUUCGAGAGAUGUUUGCCGGAAGGCCAGAAGUUUCGACUGAUGCAGAACAAGGUGCGCAACCAGCUCUCCUUGAUCUUCAAAGCACCCCAACUUCGCCGGCUGGAAAGAGCCAUCCGCUGCCGAAAUCGUCUCGUUCUGCAGUCCUUGAUGGAGGAGCUCUCUGGAGUCCCUGAGGGCUUGAGAGCUGCGGCACAGAAGCUUCUCUCCGGCUUCCGACCAGAUCCCAGCGAGCUCCCAAAAGCUCCGGAGCUCAAAGCGAUGCCUAUGGCCCCCAAGGCACCGGCAGAGGCAGAAAGCGGCUUGCCUUUGAAGGCAAGCCCACCACCCAAGGCUAUGCCUCAGCCCAAGUUCAAGGCAAAAGGGCCAGCGCCGGUGAAGCCGAAGGCGCAGGAGCCUUCAACAGGAGGUGCAGAUGCCUCUCCCACUGUGGCUUCGCCAACAGAGCCUGUGGCCAAGGCCGCCCCAGUUUUGGAGGACUUCGCUACCAGCGCAGCGGCCCCCGGGACUGACGAG